GGAGUAAUGUCGCUGCUCGCGUGUCUCUGCUGCAGAUGUGUGAGAGGGAAAGAAAUCAAAGUCUGAUCGAGAUUCACUCGGAGGAUCCCUGAGGAUUGUGUUUACGAGCUGGAGAGAGAGACGCGUCGCUAUGGAUCAGUCCGUCGCUAUUCAGGAAACUUUGGAGAGGGAGGAGAACUGCCUCAUAGCCGUCCAGUGUGAGGUCGUCUCUCACAGCAUCACAGAGAGCAUACUGCUGGGACUGGUGGAGUCUUCCAAAGAACAUGCAAUCUUUAUUUAUACUCAUCGAAGGAUGGCCAUCACCGCUGAUGACGUGUCCCUGGAGGACAUCGUACCCGUCUCCCUUGACUUUGCUGUUGUGGAGAUUUCCUCGCCAGAGGAGCUGGCAGUUGUGGGUGCUGAUACCAGAGUGAGAGUAAGCUUCCAGGAGGAAGCGCUGGAGCUCAGACUUCCUUUCGGGUCUCACUCGCGCCUCUUUCUCAGUGAGGUCAACAGAGCGUGGAGUGAUGCUUGUAAGUCUCCCACGCACGUGCCAACUUUCGAGUGGAUCAACAAGUACCAGAAAGCCAGUAAAGGGCCAGGAGUUGUCAAACAGGCUCUCGGCACAACUUUCACUAAACUCAACCAGCACCGGAAAACAGAGAAAUCGGACCAAAAGGGAAGUUCAGAAAAGGAAAUCGUUUCCAACAGCGGCGCACAGAAGUCCAGAGUGUGUCCAGGCCCGGAGAGUCAAGCCAUCUCCAGGGAUGACCUGGUUUACGCCUCCAGCCACACCACGUCAAACAAAGCUCAGAUACUGACCAUGCCUCAGUUCAACCUGCGUGACAACCUCAUCAGAUGUGAGCUGCUGAAGAAUGAAGACAUUUACACUUACCUGGAGAACUUCAGCCUUUUCCUCGGCACAUACAAUGUGAAUGGACAGACGCCGAAGGAAAGCCUCAGUCCUUGGCUGAGCUGCACUCUGGACCCUCCUGACAUGUACUGCGUGGGUUUCCAGGAGCUGGAUCUCAGCAAAGAGGCUUUCUUCUUUAAUGACACCCCCAAAGAGCUGGAGUGGACGAAGGCUGUGUCCAAGGGCUUGCAUCCAGAUGCCAAGUAUGCCUUAGUGAAGUUGGUGCGUCUGGUGGGCAUCAUGCUGAUCUUCUAUGUGAAGAAAGAGCAUGCAGAGUUCAUAUCUGAAGUGGAGGCAGAGUCUGUGGGCACUGGCAUCAUGGGAAGAAUGGGAAACAAGGGUGCUGUGGCAAUCCGAUUUCACUUCCACAACUCCAGCAUCUGUGUGGUCAACUCUCACUUAGCUGCCCACAUAGAAGAAUAUGAGAGACGCAAUCAAGACUAUAAGGAUAUUUGCAGCCGUCUCCAGUUUCGGCAGCUUGAGCCUACACAGACUCCACUCACGAUCAUGAAGCAUGAUGUGGUUUUAUGGAUUGGAGACCUCAACUACAGAAUCAGUGAGCUUGAUGUUUCCAAUGUGAAGGAGCUAAUCAGCAAGAAGGACUUUGAAACUCUGCACAGUUAUGAUCAGCUCAAGAGGCAGAUCGAUGAGGAGGCUGUGUUUGUUGGUUUUGUGGAGGGCGAGAUUGAUUUCCAGCCCACCUACAAAUAUGACACCGGCUCUGACAAAUGGGACACAAGUGAAAAAUGUCGCGUGCCUGCCUGGUGUGACCGUGUCCUGUGGAGAGGGAAAAACAUCAAGCAACAACAUUACCAGAGUCACAUGGCUCUGAAGGCCAGUGACCACAAACCAGUCAGUUCCAUGCUUGAAAUUGGGAUCAAGAGAGUAAAUAGUGAAGCCUAUAAGAAGACAUUUGAAGAGAUUGUGCGCAAUAUCGACAAAAUGGAGAAUGAGUGCAUUCCGUCUGUAACCCUGUCCAAGCAGGAGUUCCACUUUAAGGACGUGAAGUUCAUGCAGCACCAGGCGGAGACGUUGAGCCUCUUGAAUGAUGGGCAGGUCCCGUGUCAAUUUGAGUUUAUCCAGAAGCCGAAUGAGUCUACAUACUGCAAGCCCUGGCUCACAGCAAACCCCCCCAAAGGCUUCAUCGCUCAGGGUGGCUCUGUGGACAUUGACCUUGAGGUUUUUGUAAACCGCUCGACGGCGCCUGAACUAAACUCUGGCAAGGAGCAGAUCGAAGACAUCCUGGUGCUUCACCUGGAGCGUGGCAAGGACUACUUCAUCCCUCUGACAGGAAACUACCUGCCCAGCUGCUACGGCUCCUCCAUCCGUUCGUUGUGUCAGCUGAGGGAGCCCAUCCAGGACAUGCCGCAAGAGACGCUUCGUGAUCUUGCAGAGAGGUCUGGAGAUGAGAAUGCAGUAACCCCUGAAAAGCCUCUAGACAUUCCUAAGGAGCUCUGGAUGAUGGUGGAUCACUUGUUCCGUAAUGCAAUCAAACAGGAAGACAUAUUUCAGCAACCUGGUCUCCGGAGUGAAUUUGCAGAAAUAAGGGAUUGCCUCGACACUGGCAUGCCGGAUUCUCUUCCGGGCAGCAACCACUCAGUGGCAGAGGCCUUGCUUCUCUUUCUGGAUGCCCUCCCCCAGCCUGUGGUCCCCUACUCCUUUUACCAGCUGUGCCUAGAAAGCUGUUCCAAUGCCAGUCAGUGUGAGAAAGUUAUUUCCAUGCUACCUCGGUGCCAUCAAAAUGUGUUCAACUAUUUAUCUGCCUUUCUGCGUGAGCUGAUGAAGAAUUCUGCCAACAAUCGAUUAGAUGUCAGCAUCCUCGCCACCAUUUUUGCAUCCUUGCUCCUGAAGUCGCCUAAGAAACAGGAUCUGGCCGAAAAGAGGAAGACCCAGGAGUUCUUUCAGCACUUCCUGACCCAGGGCUCCUCGUAGAGGGAGGACUCCUUCAUCUUGUCCUUCAUGCUGAUGCGCAACACUAAAAUACAAUGUACAGUUUAGUAUUUGUAAUGAACCGUACAUGAAAUGAACUAAUGAAUUAUUAUCUUCGCGGAUGGCUCUUUGUGUAGAUAUAGUAGAAUCACUUUAAAGCCACAGUUCUUACCUGAUAUUAGUUUGUUUGUGGUCUGUUGAUGGAAAGAGUUUAUUGUAUUCCGUGGAGCAUCUGUAGAGACCUAAUAAUUUUUAAUGUAUCUAUAUUUUAUUUAAAAAAAAAAAAAAAAGAUAAUUUGUAUUUUGAUGUUUCUGAUCUCAACAGCACAUUGUUUUUUUUAUGUAUAAAAACAGUU